GGGGCGGGCAGGGGGCGGGGAGGAGGAGGAAGGCGCUGGCGGGCAGUGAUGGCGGCGGGUGAUGGGGACGUGAAGCUAGGCACCCUGGGGAGUGGCAGCGAGAGCGGCAGCGACGGCAGCAGCGGGAGCCCAGGCGGCGCGGGAGCGACAGCGGAAGGGGGCGGCUGGGCGGCGGCGGCGUUGGCGCUUCUGGCGGGGGGCGGGGAGAUGCUGCUGAACGUGGCGCUGGUGGCGCUGGUGCUGCUGGGGGCCUACCGGCUGUGGGUGCGCUGGGGGCGGCGGGGUCUGGGCGCGGGGGCCGGGGCGGGCGAGGAGAGCCCGGCCGCCUCCCUGCCGCGCAUGAAGAAGCGGGACUUCAGCCUGGAGCAGCUCCGCCAGUACGACGGGUCCCGCACGCCGCGCAUCCUGCUCGCGGUCAAUGGGAAAGUCUUCGACGUGACCAAAGGCAGCAAGUUCUACGGCCCCGCGGGUCCAUAUGGAAUAUUUGCUGGUAGGGAUGCCUCCAGAGGACUGGCAACAUUUUGCCUAGAUAAGGAUGCACUUAGAGAUGAAUAUGAUGAUCUCUCAGAUUUGAAUGCAGUACAAAUGGAGAGUGUUCGAGAAUGGGAAAUGCAGUUUAAAGAAAAAUAUGAUUAUGUAGGCAGACUCCUAAAACCAGGGGAAGAACCUUCAGAAUAUACAGAUGAAGAAGAUACCAAGGAUCACAAUAAACAGGAUUGAACUCUGUAAACAACCAAAGUCAGGGGCCUUCAGAACUGCAAUUCUUACUCCCUUUCACAGAAUGUCCAGUGUCUUUGGGUUUGAUUCACCUGCUGCGAAAAACAUUCAACAGAUUUGUGUACAAGAUGUAUGGGUCUCACUAUGAAGACUUGAAUAUUAGACAUUAUUUAUGCUGCCAGACUCAUUUGUUGGAGUUGUGUGUAAUGUCUGGUGGGGCUUCAUCGUCCUGAAAAGGAGGAAACAGGGAUUUCUUAAACUGCAAGAAAGUCACAAGGUUACUUUUAGCUUUUUCUCUUUCUCUUUUAUCUUCCUCUCUUCCUCCCUUCUUUCCUACUUUCCCUUCCCUUUCUCCCCCCGCCUUUUUCUAAGAUAUCAAAGACAACCAGAUAUGUAUUUGCUACUCAAGUGUACAAAUCUCCUCAGAAAACAGCAAGGGACUCCUAUUUCAUGCUGCGUUUUUAUUCGGGCAUUGAGGAGGAAGGAGCCCUGAGCAGGGGAGGAGGCAGUUACACAUUGAGUUGAGUAGUUUAGGCUACUGAAACAUGAAAAUGUGAAUUCCCAAACUUUUCUUUUUGGGCUUUGUCAGGGAAAAGAAAAAAACAUUUCUAAGAAAUCUUUGGAACUUAGAAUGGAUUUAAGUGGGUUAAAGUCAAAGCAGUUUCCCAAUUAAGAUCAUUUGAAACCAGUUUUAUUCCUUUCCUUCUUUCCCCUAGGUCAAAUCAAUAUUAAUUGUGCCUUAUUUCAUGUCCAUAGACUUGAAUUAUUUUUAGGGUAAGCCCCUACAUGAAUUCAGAAGUCACUACAAGCAGCAUUGAGACUGAAGUUGGAAUAUUCUGUUGAUCACAAAACCUUGAUGUCAUUCUGUGUAUAUAGAAUGUAAAAGGAAUAUUCAGUGUUAACUGCCAUAUAUGUUAAUAUACACAAACUUAAUUAGCAGUGUCAUGGCCAAAUGCAUUCCCCCCGUGCUUUUCUCUUUUCAAAAAAAAAAAAAAAAAAUCAACAACUCUUAUCCCCAAUAGCUGCCUAAUUUCAGGAGUCUGACCCUCACAUCUCACUGGUGUGGGUGCAUGAUCGUGGUGUGGAUGUCUGUGUGGGUGUGUCUGGGUGUGUGAGAGUACCUUGGAAGGGACUCUUUCUGCAGAUACUGUAAAUACAAGUACCGUUUUAAUAAAGCAUGUACAAUAAACCAAAAUAAGCUUGAGUUGGACUUUAUACGCAAAACUGUUAAACAGCCAGUGCAUUAUGAUAUGGUGGUAAGGUUGUGCUUUUGAUUCAAGAUAAGGAAAAAAUCUUGGAAAUGAAAAGAAGGCACUGGUUAACCGAGUUGUACACAUUGUACCACAUUCAGUGUAACUUAGGAAGAAAUUCCACUUUUGUGGAACAUUCUCAAGAGAUCUGAGAUAUUCAGGUAAGAGUAGAUAUAAGUGUACAUUUUUUUUACUUUAUAUUUUGAUGGGAACUGAUUAUAUUGGCAGCAAUAGCACUCCAGGCAGUAGUUACUGAACACAAAACAAUAGAGCAUAUUGUAUGAUACUAAAUUCUUUCAUUAUUAGGUUGAAAAUGCCCUUUCUAAAAGCCCUCAUCAUCAGUUCCUUGGUUUCAUCAUGACUGUAGGUUCUUGGUUGGGGACAAGUUGCACCAACAUCAUUCUACUUAAGUCACUAGUUAAGAAAAAGACCUGUGUAAUGGUGUAACAUGCAGAAGCCAUCAAAGAAAGGGAAACUUAGCUGCAGCAGGAAGCUGAAGUCUAUAAAUACUGCAUUCUAUUCAGUCUGCACUGUUUUCUAGAAGGUGUGAUCUUCAGCCAAAUCUUGACUGAAGGACAGUUGUGAGGGCUGGAGAAUAUUGGUCAAUGCUUUGUGUUUUUAUGUAAAAUACUUUCUCAAAAUUUGUUAAAGAACUCCUGUGUAGUAAACUGAUACAUAUAUGAAUCAUUCGAGCCUAAAGUUCAAUAAUAAAUUUGCACUUGUGAAUAGCAAAACACUUAAGUAUUCUUAUUCAUGCAGUAAAAAUUUGCGGUCUGUUAAAAAAUGAAUAAUUUUGUGUUCUGGACUUGAAAUAAACUGUUCUGUAGAUGAUUUCUCAA